UUGGGAAUAUUUUGCAAUGGGCACAAUUAGUCUGUGUGAAAAGGUUGAAUAAACUAUUUGGAAAGAGACAUACACAAAACAAUACCACUUCGACUUCGAGUACAGCGAGCCCCAGCCACAGCCACAGCCACAGAUUUAAACAACUGACCUCAGCUGGAUUUCAAUUAAAUAAUCAUAUUAAAAUGGUUCGCGGCCCAACAGCGAAUUGUAUCAUUUGCUUAGCACUGCUAUUUGUCAGUUUAUUAUUGCCACCGGGCACCCAAGAGCUGAGCCGUGACCUGUGCCAGGGGUCGGACGAUGCGGCUGCUUGUGCGCAGACAUCCGAAGCUGUGGGCGGGGGCCGGAAGUUGACCUCACGACGAGCCGCUGGGCGUAAGUUUAAAUUUCAUCCAAUUCAGCGAACGGAUGACGACGACGGCGACGACGACGACAACGAUGACGACAACGACGACGACAACGAUGAUCAUAAUAAUAAUGAUUCAGGCGUUUAUAACAUGGAUGAUGAUAAUGAGUUGGAUGAUGAUGAUACUGAUGCGAUCCAGGCAGGCAGCCAACCGUCAAGACGUCAAAACUAUAAUGACGAUAAUGAUGAUGAAGAUGAUGAUGAUGAUAACGACAAUGGCAGGGCUGAUGAUGACGCUGAUACAAACGCUGUGGCGGAAGCAUCGCUAUUUAGCCGUAUUUGGAACAGUUUUAUGGAUGGCAACGAUGCCACUGAGUCGGAGACGGAGACGGAAUCUCCAUUUACCAAUAUGCUCAACUGGCUGAACUGGCUGACCGAGCAAACAGCAGAUGUCGCUCAAGUAGGCAAAAAAGACAAAAAGCAAAAAGUACAAAACAGCAAUAUUGAUUGGCUCACAUAUUUAAAACGUUGGCCGUUCAACAGCAUCUUCCCCGAGGAGCCACCAGUUGUGAAACGAGAGCGGGAACGGGAGCGGGAACGGGAACGGGAUCGGAGUCAGAUAAACCGGGAUGUUAGCGGCAAAAAAGCGCAACAGCGGUCCAAGAGUGAGGAGAAUGUGGAGCUGCUGAUUCACUCGCUGCCCGCCUUCAUUGGCAACGUGUCGCAGGCGAGGAGCGGAGAGUGCCAUCAGCAGUUGGAGCUGCUGCAUCGCCAGCUGCGCGCUCACAAAUUGUGGACGUUGCAGAUGCUCGAUGCCACUGGCAAAAUCGGUGCCGGUCUGCUGCGCGGCAACAUUAACCAGUUCGGUGACUUUGACCAAUGCACCAAGGUGUCCACAUCGGUUAAGGUGACCACAAAGCAACCAAUUCGAGUCCUUGGCAAAUACUGUUUAGCCCAGAUCGAGAUGCGUUCGACGGUCGGCAGCCUUAAGGAGCCGCUACACUUGUUGCACGGACGCGGACUGUGGCACGGCCACUUGAAAAAUCCCAAGCACUUUGUGCCACGUUACAACAUCGCCAACUGGGGUAUCUGUGUGCCGCACGCCUGCUCCGCCCACGUGGUGCACAACAUCAUCGAGACAAGCCUCCGGCCAUACAAUGACACUGGCAUCGAGUUCCAUAUCGAUGUGCGGGACGAGCACUGCACCACCAAGCAGCGGAAGAGUUUCAUGAAACUCUUGUCCAAGGACAGUAGUCUGGCAACGGGCAUAUUAGGCAUUGCCGCACUUGGACUGGCCUGUCUCUUGGCGCUCGUUUGGGAGCAUUGGGAUUGGAUUAGCUGCCAGUUGCAGCGACUACAGCACAAUGCCAAUGACGAAUCCGCAGUGGCGCCGCCAGAUAAGACUGAUGAAGCUUCAGGCACCGAGGAUAUCGAAGAACCCCAACAAGUUGCUGAUGAAAGUACAGCAGAGCAAGUGGACGCAUCCGGCAAUCCGGCACUGCAUCUGAGGCUAUUGAGUGCCUUUUCACCGCAACGCACUCUACAAUCUCUGAUUUGCCUAGAAUCGCCGGAUAUUGAGUUUCCCCUAAUUCAUCUGCUCAAGAUACUGGCCACAUUGAUGAUAUAUGUUAACCUCAAGUUCAUUAUGGCCGGCCACUUGCCGUUAACGAAUCGAGACGCAUUUGUCGGCACCGUCAACCGCUUCUGGGGCGUAACAUACCGCACUCCCCUGCUGUACAGCGAUAUGUUGCUGUUGCUGAGCGGCUUCCUGGUCGCUUACCAACUGUCGCACGACAUGGAGAAAACCUGCCGAUUGAGUUUCCUGCGCAAUGUGAGCCACAAGGCGUGCCGCUAUGUGCCCAGCAUACUGGCGGUGCUCGGCUUUCAAACCUGGAUACUGCCCCACCUGGGCACUGGUCCGCUCUGGAAUUUGCUGGUGGGUGAGAAUGCGCGUCUAUGCGAGCAGAAUAUGUGGCGGAGUGCCCUAAGUGUGCAGAACACUGGCGAUCUAGAGGAAAUGUGUUCGCCGACCACAGCGCAAUUGUCAUUGGAUAUGCAAUUGUAUUUCUUGGGCGCACUCGUCGUCUGGCUGUAUUUCACCGAUCCGGAGGCCGGAUUUUUCCUUUGUGGCGCCUUUCAUGCCAUCUCCGUUGCAGCGCGCUACUCGCGCACCCAGCGGGAUCAUCUCGCUCCGACCCUGUUUCACGGCAUUCAUAUCAGCAAAUUCUAUCGCACUGCCAAUUUAAUUUACACCUCGCCAAUUGCGCGGGCAACCACUUAUCUGCUUGGCAUCGGAGCCGGCUUGCUGUUACGCAGCGAGUCCGGCUCCUUCAGCAUUGCACCACGUUUCCGGCGAGCGGGCUGGGUUCUGGCAAUGUUGGGGAUUGCCUGGUGCUUUUGGUCGCCGGCGGACGGCAUACGCAGCAAAUUCGUUUACAAGUCUUCGGAGGCAGCUGCAUAUUUGGCCUGGAGUCCGCUAAUACUCGGCCUGGGCAUAUGUUGGGUCAUUCUGAUGGCCCCCCUGGACAAGAGUCUAGUGCAGCGAUUUCCCAACAUUGCGAGACCUGUGCUCCUUCUCUCGCGCAUGGAGAUUCCCCUGCAGCUUGCGAGCUAUGUUGUUGUGCUCUGGAAUACGGCGAGUGUCAAGGAGCCCCAUCAAUUUCAGAUCACAGAUUUGGUAAACCUCAAGGAGCUGGUGUUCAUUGUGGGCUUUGCGAUUAUUGUGUGCUUCCUAAUUGACUUUCCUGCCCAGCACAUUGGAUAUUUGUUGAUGGAUGUCGUCUUCAGUGAACCACUGCUGGCAGCCGUCAAUGUCAAAGAGAACACAAGCGAUGCUCCCGACGAGGCGACAACAGCUGAGAAGUCACCGGAUUCGCCAGAGCCUAUCGAAUCGAUUUGGUCCUCCGAAUCCGAACCGGACGAGGAAAAGUCCAGCUAAAUGUAAUGUUUCAAUUGCACUUAUUUAAACUACUUAUGUAUUUGUAUUGCCAUAUUAAAAUUUUGUCAUUCAUUGA